AUGCCAGAUUGUCCCAAGGCAACCGAGGGAUUCAGUACUAACAACGACCUGGAUCGCCACAGGGCGGGCGUCCACAGGAUCUACAAGAGUGAUGCACCUGUCUAUCAAUGUGUUAUCGACUCGUGCAAGGACAAGAACAAGACGUGGCCGAGGCCAGACAACUUCAGGCAGCAUCUGAAGCGAGUACAUCACAAGGAGAACAUGGACUUGUCCAACUUUUUGUAUCGGUGCGUUACCUUUGGCCGCCCGGAUAUCGGCGGUGCUUCGGUUGCCUCCGAGCACGCGCCUUCGGAAGCGGGAACACACUCUACCUAUGCUGGUCAACAUGCAUCAUGGAGCGGACUAGGACAUGGCCAGCCCAUGACGAGUCUCUCCCAUCAUGUGCCUGAUGAACCUGCGGUGAUCCAACCACAGCACCUGAUGUACCGCUCAUCAAUGAGCCAGCCGGAUUACUCUGCUCUCAUGAACGCCUCUGGAUUCCACAGCCACCAGAGCCAAACCGGACUGGAUGACCCACGUAUCCCCAUUGAGAUGGAUCUCCAAGGACUGAACAUUCCACAUGGAUUCCAGCAGCAGGUUGAGCCCCCGGUUCAGGAGCAAACCUUGGAGCAACCAGGACAUGUCUCUCCGGAUAUUCUGACCGGUGCCGGCAGCGGACUUUUGCCUUCGAUGGAUGAAGCGGGUGAGAUGCACGCCCACCCCGCCGAGGUGAUACAGAUAGACGAUGACACCAGCCCGGACAAUAUCAUGCAGGAAGAAGAAGAAGAUGAUGAUGAUGAAUUUGCGGAGCAGCAGCAGCAGCAGCAGCAGCAGCCCAAAAAUGAACCUGUGACUUUAACUUCCAUCUCGCCAGACCAGAUGACUCUGGAUUAUUCCAGAAGACAGUCGGCCGCCAUGGUGGGUGAUGAGGAAUCUGAAGCUGGGGAGGAGGACAACGAAGUCUCUGAACAACAGGACUCGUCCAAUCUUGAAGAAGACGCGAGCCGGCUCCAGCUUCUUGCUGCUGCGGCGCCAUCUCCCGAGCCUACUACUACCACCACUACUACUACCACCACCACCACUACUACUACUGCCACCGGGCAAUCACCGGGGGGUGUUGUCUCGAUAGAUUUGGGGGAUGUGGAGAACCUCAAGGCGACGUUGGAGAUGCUCAGGUCACGGGGGAUGCUGGAUAGGAUUGUGAAGGAGUUUGGGUAUCAAAAGUCGGAGGAGGUGGUGGUUCUUAACAACACGACGACGACGACGCCGUCUGCGCCGUCGUCUGUUGUUGCCGAGGUUACGAAGGAGGUCAAGUGCGAGAUUGAUGAUUGCAACAAGGUUUUUUCGAGGCCUUGCGAGCUUAAAAAACACCAAAAACGCCACGCGAAACCCUACGCCUGCACAUUUUCAAAUUGUGACAAGCGUUUUGGGAGCAAGAAUGACUGGAAGCGACACGAAAACAGCCAACACUUUCAGCUGGAGAUUUGGCGGUGCACCGAGCAGGUUUUUUCUGCCGCUGCUGCUGGUGAGGGGGGUUAUGAAUGCGGCAAGGUUUGUCAUCGCAGGGAGAGUCUAAAGGGGCAUCUGGAACGGGAUCACCAGUUUCGCGACGGGGAGGAGAUUGAACGGAAGCUGAAUGAUUACCGACAUGGGAGGAACUUUGAGAGCAGGUUCUGGUGCGGGUUUUGCGUCAAGACUGUCGAGCCACGCGGGGUCGGGGGGCCGGCGCACAGCGAGAGGUUUGAUCAUAUUGAUCGUCAUUUUAUGGGGAAGGGGGGGUUUGAGAAGGUUGAUAUUGGGAAUUGGAGGAGUUUGAGACCUAAAGGCCAGCAGUCU